CAGGGGGCGUGCCCUGUUCUUUUCGGACGCAAGAUGGCGCUGCCCUUUGCACGUUCGUCGUGCCUGUGCCGCUGGGGCGCCAGACGAUUAGGGGUUACUGCCGUAGAAGCUCGCAGAGGAGUCAGUUUCAAACUGGAAGAGAAAACCGCCCACAGCAGUCUGACGCUCUUCAAAGAUGGCACAGGUGUCAAAUACGGCCUGGUGGGAUUGGAGCCCAGCAAAUUGGCCCUGAAUGUAGAGCGCUUCCGGGAAUGGGCAGUGGUGCUGGCAGACACAGUAGUCACCAGUGGCAGGCACUACUGGGAAGUGACAGUGAAGCGCUCCCAGCAGUUCCGGGUAGGAGUGGCAGACGUGGACAUUUCUCGGGACAGCUGCAUCGGUGUUGACGAUCGUUCCUGGGUGUUCGGCUAUGCCCAGCGCAAGUGGCACUCCAUGUUAGCCAAGAAGAAAGCCCCUAUUGAGGGCAUUGGGCAGCCAGAGAAGGUGGGACUGCUGCUGGAUUAUGAGGCCCAGAAGCUGAGCUUGGUGGACGUAAGCCAGGUUGCUGUGGUCCACACGCUAAAGACAGAUUUCCAGGGUCCAGUGGUGCCUGCCUUUGCCCUUUGGGAUGGAGAAUUGCUGACGCACUCAGGGCUUGAGGUGCCUACAGGCCUCUAGAAUGUUCAUCACUAGAGUCCCUAAUCACACUCUUGGCCAGCCUAAAAGUGUCUGAAACCUUUUAACUUUGCCUCAAGCAACCACUGGUUCCCACAAUUUGAUGUUGCAUCCUUUGUGCAUUAUCUUAGUCAUUUUCCUCUCUACCUGUGAAAGCUAGGCGACUGCCAAUUUUCCUAGGCUACCAUGAAUGUGUUUUCCCUGACUUGCUUCCUUCAGUCCCUCUGCCUCCCUGUGCUCAGGCUUUCUCAGACCAUAUUCAGUCCUGGAGACUUAACUUUCAGCUUUGUUUGAGUUUAUUCAUCUCUAUGAAUCUCUCUCCCUUUGUGUAACUUCUGUUUGUUCUUGGGGCUGUACUGAAUCCACAGUAAAUCCUUUCUACCUCUGGCUGCAGUGGUGCAGUCAAUGACUUGGCCCUUUCUGUACAGCACAUACCGAGUCUGGGCUCUGGGUCCCUCAGGAUGUGUUUACUGGCCAUGUCAGAAUGAGAAUAGAGCCCUCCCUCAAAGCUCGACGUUCAGCCCCACACAGCUGCAUCUGUCCUCCCCGUAAGUCCAUCCGCCUUAAUCUGCACACCUCUGACACCUGGUCAGUCCAUUGUAAUCAUUGAUAUAUGUGCUGCCAAAGUGAGCACUCAUCAUAAUCAUUGGGCCAGUUACAACCAUGACUAAGGGAGACACUUAGGGGAUAUUGAGGGGAUUAGUGCUGCAAACUUUAUUCUUGAGAAGUUCUAUCUUCAUUUCUGCUACAGUUGGAACUUCCAGAGAGAGGAGAGAGACCUGAGGUCUUGCACAAUACACUUUUGGGCCUGCUUGGACCCAAGCCCUCAGCCUCCCACCCCCACCUUCGAGGCAGAAUAUACUUCACCCAAAGCAGUAUUAGGGGUUGAAGAAAGCCUGGUGGGGUGAGUAUGUAUGUGAAUUAUGUCUUUCUCUGUCUGAC